AUGCGUUUUAGCGCCACUCGAUUCACUGCUGGGCGUUUCAUCGCCACGCUGUGGAUCGUCGUCGUCGUUGGCGGUGGUUCGUCGUUGGGUGUCGGGAGUGCGGAAGCGAAGGGGGAGAAAGUGAGUGUCGAUUGGCUCGAAGCGUUGGACGAAUUGAACAUCAAGGAAACCUAUCCCGAGCUGCUUCGGUUCUACUGGGCCCCGUUGAUUUGCCUGGGCGUAGGCUUGGCCUUGGUCAUUCUACUUCCGUUCUCCUGUCUCGUUUUCUUCCUGUGUCGAGCUUGCGGCAAAUGCGGCAAACGAGCCUACGAUAUUGAGGAGUUUGAGGAGAAGGGGGAUGCGUGCAAACGCGGCUUUCUCAAUCUGCUGCUUCUCGUGGUCAUCGUUUUCCUGGCGUUUGGAGCUGUGGUCGUUCUCGUGAAUGCCCAAUUUGUUAAGGAAGGCUGCGACGAACUGCCGCCGAAAAUGCGAGAUUUUGUAGACGGGAUCAACACGUACAUGAACAGGAGUGCUCGAGAAGCCCGAGUUCUCAUGAUUGACAACUACAAAGAUGUUCAAGACAGACUCUUUUCUGAUCUCGAUCGCACUGGGUUGAUUGUGAGAGACUACAUUGUCAACGUUUCGGGAGCGUACGCUGUGGAUGAGUUGGCAGAGAUUGCGGACGUUAUUCCGAAAAUUGGCACGGAGUUGGAGAAUCUGCAGAGGAUGCAAAGAGACGCUCAGACGAAACUCAGGGUUUUAUCGACGGGUCUGAAAGAAUUGCAAAGGACGAUGGAGGAUUUGAGGCGGUGUCCGGAAAAAAUUUGCGACUCGCUUCUCGCUCAGUAUCCGCUGGAAGAUUUGCUGGUUACCGACGAUCUUUUAGAUCUACCAGAUUUAACCGGAAUAAUAGGAUCAGUGGAAGAAUUGGUUGAUGAAGGAAUUGUGAGACAUGCGAGUGUGGGAAGAGCUUUACUCAACUCGGUAAACAAGACUGUGCAAGAUCGAGUCGAGUCUGUCAUACCCAGCAUCAAAGAGAAACUGAAAGAAAUCGGCGAUUCGAUCGAUCGCUGGUAUGCUCACUUGAGGUCUUCGCUGGUCGACGUCGACUUCUCUUCUACUGCCGACAGAAUCAUUGAGCAGACUGAAUACGUGGUUGACAAGGUUCUUCCGUUGGGGGUUUAUGUGACGAUUGGGAUGGCGGGUGUAGUCAUGCUCAUCACUUGCAUUUUGCUCAUGGGACUCAUCUUUGGACUCUUCGGGACCCCGGUGCAUCACUAUUACGGAGAGGCUCAUUGUUCGCGACGAACUGGUGCCCAUUGCUACAUUUUCGCCGUUUAUGCCAUGAUGUUGGUGCCGAUGGUCGUCAUGCUGGUGGCGACGAUCUUCUUCGCCUUCGGUGCUGUGUCAAGCCGCAUGGUUUGCACGACGCUGACGGAGUUUCCCGACAACUCUAUUACCGAGGCUCUCAAUCAGAUCACAAUUGCCAAAACCGUUGGCAGUCGGACGGUUGAAGUUCAUCUGGUCGACCUCAUGAAACAUUGCCAUAGGAAUCAAAGUAUGAACGAUGUGUUCAAUUGGGGAGGAUUGUGGAACAUGGAUAACUUGACCAGCCUACCUGUGAAGAAUCAAGUGGACAAAAAUAUUUUAGAUUUUAUCAGCAAAAUCGAACUGCCGAGACAACCAUUGCGACUCAUCAACGAAACAGCCAAGUCGCAGUUGGCGAGGUUCACGGAAGUUCAGAUAUUCGCUCUGAACAUCGAGCUAUACCGAUCACUGCCAUCACGCAAUCUCGUGGAAGGAGACUUGAAGAGGAUCGAAACUGCCGUUAAUGAUACUGCUGAGAGUCUCGGCAAAUCGGGACAUCAUGAAUGGGAAGGGAAGAUGUACAACUUGGCCUUUAGAUUAGAAGCGCAGGAGCGUCUGUUGAGUGAAACGCAGCGCUUGUUGUCGCUGAUGGCUACGAUUGGUGAUCAACUCAUCACUUACCUGGAGUACAAAAACACGCCACUGCAACUGGCUGUGGAGACGAGGGUUGAACUCGUUGCUCAGAGCCAGGAUCGCCUGAAUGCACGUAAACCGGAAAUCACCAACAUGGUCCGGCAAAGAUUUUCCGAAGAUCUGAAGCAGGUUCUGAAUGAGACGAUUUCGGAGAUGGUGCGUGCGCUCAAGUCGGAUUUUGGGCGUUGUGGGCCGGUGAGCAAAGCUUACAACACGACGGUGGACACGUUCUGCGACAACGUGAUGCUUCCUUUCAGCGGCGUGUGGGCAGGUUUGGGAUGGUCGGUUCUGCUCUUCAUUCCAGCGAUCAUCUUCGCCAUUUUGCUGUCGGCACUGUACGCCAGGAUCAAGCAGGAUCCCCGCAUGGGGUACACAGAGUCGGAGUACUUCUACGAUGCCUACAGCGACCGGGACAAUCUUCCGCUUGCACACGUGGACAAGAAAGACAGCAGGGCGGCUGCGGCGGCGAGCUACGCCCAGCGUUUGAACGCGAGUAGUUCGAAUCAGCACCAGGCCAGCACGUCCAACGGACCCGGGUAUUCCGCCGUUGCCGGUUCGCGCCUCUCCUCCGCACCCCCGGCCACCAACGACGAAUGGCUGGACUUCCCGAACGGCGGCCCACCUCAGUACUCGAGCAAUGAUCCACGCCUGGGCCCCGAAUACGAUCGUCCUCCACCGUAUUACUACCCGGGACCCAAAUUUGAUAUUUAUCGGAAGGUGCCGAAGGAUUUGACGCAACCUACGUUGACUGGUGCAGUGAUCUCAAUAUGUUGCUGUUUAUUCAUGGCGGUUUUAUUCAUCUCGGAGUUUAUGUCUUUCAUCUCCCCAGAAAUUGUUUCAGAGCUGUUCGUUGAUAAUCCUGGAAGUGCGGAGGAUCGAAUUCCAGUGAGAAUCAACAUUAGUCUUCCCCGGUUGCCUUGUCAAUAUGUCGGUUUGGACAUUCAGGAUGAAAUGGGUCGUCACGAAGUUGGCUUUGUUGAGAACACAGCAAAAGUUCCAAUAGAGAACAACGCUGGUUGCUUGUUUUCGUCUACUUUCCACAUCAACAAAGUCCCUGGAAAUUUCCACGUGUCCACUCACUCUGCGAAUGUUCAGCCGGAUGACAUUGAUUUUGCGCACACAAUCCAUGAGGUUCGUUUCGGGGAAUCUCUGGAUAAAACCCGUGGUGUUUUGGGUGCUUUCAACCCCAUGUCGAACUUGGCGAAGCUUGAUGCUAACGCACUCGAAUCGCACAAUUACGUUUUGAAAGUCGUACCAACUGUGUUUGAGACCUCGCGAGGAGAAUCCUCCUUGUCUUACCAAUAUUCCUACGCAUAUAGGAGCUUUGUGAAUUUUGGGCAUGGCGGUCGAGUGAUUCCCGCGCUUUGGUUCCGCUACGACUUGAAUCCAAUAACCGUGAAGUAUCACGAAAAACGGCCGCCGUUUUAUUCCUUCCUUACCACGGUGUGUGCGAUCGUUGGAGGAACGUUCACGGUGGCUGGUAUCAUCGACUCGUGUAUCUUCACGGCAUCGGAGGUCUUGAAGAAGUUUGAAAUCGGGAAAUUGAGUUAAUUUUUUGGAAGUUUGAAGAUGGGAUUUCCGAGUGUAUAACUCACGCCAAAAUAUUGAAAAUCAGUGCAGCGUUUGUUUUCUUGCCACCUGCGUCGAAAUCCCGCAUUUCCAGCUCGGAUCACCGAUGCGUUUUAUUUUUGAAGCUCGAAAAGAAUAUAUGUUUUGAGAGGAUACGUUUGCAUAUUUAGGGACUCACGGGUCUGGAAGCUGUGACUUGAGCUUUCUUUUGUUGUUGUUGUUGUUGUUGUUCGAGCUCUGUUUUAUGUGUAAUUUUUUCCUCAGCUCUCUGGAAAAGACACACUUUCGUUCUCUAUCCGUUUGUGCGAGUGUUUUGUUGUCCAGUUGAUUUUUGUUUGCCGAUCACUGAAAAAUUGUACUUUCACUUGCGUGAUUUUGGGGGAGUGGAAUUGAAAAGAAACGACUGGGUCGUUUUCAGGUUCUUG